GCACCUUGUGCUUGUAAACACAAGCUCACACGUGACACCGUGAGCAGAGCCGCGUCGCGCGACGGUAUUGUCUACGAUCGGACAAAGAGCCACUCGGUCAGAGCGCGAGCAGCGGCCAGGUGAGCGGCCAGGUGUCAUGGCAACCGACGGUUUCACCCGCAGUACGAUGCCCACUUCUAACCCCCGGUCACCUCGCGGUGUCCGAGCCAGUCCGGCCGCUUGAACUUCUUCAUGUCCGAACCGUUCGGAGAGACGACGACGGUAGCUGCGUUUUCGGCCGCUCACUCUCAGCUGGCGGCGGGUUAGCAACGGUGGAGAGUCUUUGUUUCUGAAUUUGUCUGGUCGGUGUUUUCGCCGCCGCCGCUGCUGCGCCAAAUCUUACUUUUUCUUAGCUGCCGUUAGCGACUGUUGGCUAGCAGCAGCGUUUAGCCUCGACACCAGAGGGUAACGUUAAUCUACGUGUCGUGUUUACUGGCUGCAUGAGAUGUCUUUCACCAUGGAGGAUAGCCUGGAGUCCGGCUGGGUGUCCGUCCGGCCCAAAGUCUUCGACGAAAAGGAGAGACACAAAUUCGUUUUCAUCGUGGCCUGGAACGACAUCGAGGGAAAGUUCGCCAUAACCUGCCACAACAGAACCGUGCAGAGAAGGAGCACUGUUCUGGACCUCGACUGUAGCCCCACCGCGGUGCUUCCUGCCCACGAAAAACACACGAAAAGCACCGUCACGAUGCCGAAGGAUGAAAUCUGCCGGCCGGGUAUAGUUACACCGCACUCAGUCCCCAAAGGAAAAACCACAACAAAUAGUCAGAAGGCUACAAAAGUCGGUGGUUCCAAGACAUUUGAGUGUGUCAGUCCCGGUCUGGGGUCCUGGGAUAUUGUGACACCCAAGGUAGUAGAAAUGGAGAUCCUGGACCCUGUGGAUGUCCUGCUGUCUCCGGAUGACCCAGGGAACGGUGAUAGCAGCGGCCGGGAGGACUUCAGCUGGGCCGGACUGUUCUCUUUCCAGGAUCUGCGUGCUGCUCACCUCCAGCUGUGCGCCGUCAACUCGGACCUGGAGCCAUGUUUACCAUCGUUCCCGGAGGAGCAAUCCGGCGUGUGGACGGUGAUCUUCGGUGCGACCGGAGUGUCUCAGCGGGAGACGGAAGCCCUGUGCUACCAGCUGCAGGUGUACCUGGGUCAUGCCCUGGACACCUGCGGCUGGAAGAUCCUCUCGCAGGUGCUUUUCUCCGAGAGCGACGACACGGAGGAGUACUACGAGAGCCUGAGUGAGCUGAGGCAGAAGGGCUUCGAAGAUGCUCUGGAGAGGGCCAAAAGACGCAUGCAAGAGGUGUUGGACAAGCACAAAGCCAUAGACAGCAUGGUGGAGCUCCUGCAGGUGUACCCCGAGGAGGAUGAGGCGUAUGGAGAGCUGCUGGAGGCAACAACUCAGCUCUACCACUACCUGCUUCAGCCCUUCAGGGACAUGAGGGAACUGGCAAUGUUGCGCAGACAGCAGAUUAAGAUAUCUCUGGAGACGGAGCGCCUGGGGCCUCGUCGUGUGGAGAGCCUGAGGAAAGAGGAUGAGGAGUGGCAGAAGAAAGCUCAUGCCGCUGUGCUCUCCAUUCAAGACCUGACUGUCAAGUUCUUUGAAACCACGACUCGGGCUCAGAAAGCUCUAUAUGAGCGGAUGCGUGCUGACCAGAGGAAGUUUGGAAAGUCUGCAUGGACAGCAGCGGUUGAACGUAUGGAGCGGCUGCAGUACGCCGUUUCCAAAGAAACUCUGCAGCUGAUGAGAGCCAAGGAAAUCUGCCUGGAACAGAAGAAACAUGGCUUGAAGGAGGAGAUGCAGAGUCUGCAGGGUGGUGAGGAUGCCAUGCUGCGCCUGGACCAGUUGGAGGCGCUGUACUACGAGUUACAGCUACAGCUGUAUGACAUCCAGGCUGAGGUGCUGCGCUGUGAAGAGCUGUUGCUGACUGCACAGCUGCAGAGUUUGCGCAGACAGAUGACAGAGCGGCAGGAUGAGGUGGUAUACUAUGAUGCUUUUGAGAGCCCUGAUGCUAUGAAGGGUGAAGAAGACCCAGUGUCCCCACCGUCACCCCUCAGAGAUGAAGAACUCAGCGGCCUACAGCAGAGGACCCGGCAGCUCGAGGCCCGCAGGGGCCGCAUCACCGCCAAGAAAGCCUACCUCAAAAGCAAGAAGGAAAUUUGCAUCGUCAAUCACAACCAGAAGAUACAGCAGCGCCAAGGUAGUCAUGGUGACAGCAGUUCUCCUUCCUCACUGCAACAGGGAGGAGAAGCUGAUGAAGAUGACGAAGCCAAGCGAAAUGCCAGAGUGAGCCAGGAGAGGCAGAGGACCCUAGACAGGCUUCGCAGCCUCAAACAGCGUUACCCAGGACAGGUGACUCUGAAGUCCAGCCGGCUACGUCUGAGUCAAACUCACAGUCGGAGGCGAGUGGGGCAGCAGCAGCCCAGCACCCAGGCGGCCAGCGUUCAGACCGACUGCAUCUCAGAUCUCCCAAAACUCUCUGCUCCUCCUCCACCUGACGCCUGCAACUACGACAGCGUGUCUUUACCUGCAGUCGAUCUCCAAAGCCUCGACUCCUCACCUCCCUUCCUCUCGCUGCCUCCCCUCUCUGCUUCCCCAUCUAUUCUUUCACUCGGCCCGCCUCCACCUCCUCCCCCGCCUCCUCCUCCUCCCCCGCCCCCUCCCCCACCUCCCCCCUCAGAGGACCAGCAGCAGGUCGAGGAAAGGAGGCAGAAUAGUCCCACAGGCAGCCCAGUGAGGAACCUUCAGUGUGAGUCUGAAUCGGCCUCACUGCCGCUGGCUCCGUUCUCCCCUCGUUUCUUCGACAGCAGCCAGCUGGAGACGGCGAGGAAGAAGCUGAGGAAGACGGCAUCUCUGGACUCAUCGCAGUGGAGGAGAGCGAGCUCCCCCAUGGAUGAGGUGCUGGCCUCUCUCAAACGGGGCAGUUUCCACCUGAGGAAGGCCGAGCUGCGGGUGCUGGGCCCCGACCCGGACGACGACAGCAACAACAUCCUGGCUCAGAUCAGGCAGGGCGUCCGGCUGAGGAAGGUACGGACCCGACCGGAGCAGCAGCGCCACCCCAAGAGCUUCCCCCACUCAGCUGAUGCUCUGACCCGCAGCAUCCACGAGGCUCUGAGGAGAAUCAAGGAGGCCUCGCCAGAGUCGGAGUCUGAGGAUGAAGGCCUCCCCUGCACUGACUGGGAAAACUAAUUUGAUUGGAAGAAUAUUUUUGACCUUUUACGGAUACAUGGAGCCAAAACGAAGAGAAAAUGAUGGCCCAAGAUGAGCAGACAAACUGGGGUUAAAUCACCUGGAGGCACUUUGGUGCAAUUUGAACAAAAGCCCUUGAUUUUUAAUUUUUUUUUUUUUUUUACAUAGAUUAGAAGACUUUUUUUCAUACUUGUGUUUGUAAAGAUGGACCACUAAUCUUUUUUAAUGUCAUUGCUGUGGCGCUCUGGGUGAGGAUACAACCUCUAACCUCUCAUUAUGUCUGAGUCGUACUGUAGCUCGCUGUGAUGGGUUUGUUUUAGGAAGUGAGCAUCGUGUUCCUCUGGCUUACAGUGACAGCAAA